ACACACUUCUUAUGCCUUCUUAACCAACAACAAAAAACUCUCUUCACACACUCUCAUUUUUUGUUUCCUACCUUUGAUUUCGUUCAUUAGUUUUCUGCUCUUACCAUCAUUGUUGUUGUUGAUUAGUUUGUUACUUCACCAUGAAGAACCGAGCAUCAGGGUUGCUGAAGCAGAUCAUAUCAAAUCUGAGCUCAAUGGCGAAGUCAAAAACCAUGGCUCUCAAGUCCAAAACAAACGCCAUAAGGGCUCGUUUGCUCAUAUUCUCACUCAUGAAGAACAAAAAGCUCUUGAUGAGUUCCCUCUCCGACAAGUUUCAUGCAGUGUGGGGGCACGAUUCUCAGUCCAAGGAUAACGAUUGUCUAUUGGAAGAUGGCAGUGACCAAAGCAAGGCCAUAGUGUUGUACAACAACCUGCGAAACCCUAGUGAAACCCUAGCCGUGGAGGAGCAAGAGCAAGAGGGCUAUGAAGGUUGUUACUACAACUAUGGUAUCGAUGAUGGUGAUGAUGAUGAUAAGUACCCGGAUCUCACACACACCCUUUUUGAUUCUGAGGAUUUGGAUCUUGGAGGGUCGGUGAUUGACUUGGUGAAGAACUCGAAGGAAGAGGAAGGGAAAGAGUUCAAACUGGAGGAUGAGAUUGACUUUGCCGCUGAUCUUUUCAUCAUGAAGUUCCGCAGACAAAUGGUGUUGCAGAAGCAAGAGUCUUUCAAGAGGAAGAGGGAAAUGCAGAAAAAGGGUGCAUGAAUCAAGUUCAACCCUAAUUUGGUUGCUUCUAUAUUCGUCAUGGUUGCCUCAACAACACAAAAGUUCAACCCGUUCAUCAUCUCAUCUCAUCUCAUCUCCCUUUGUUAUGGUUUUUUCUAGAAUAAGGGAGACACCAGCAAGAACAUCGUAAAUCACAAAGAUAACUAUGGUACUUAACUGGUUUAAUUGUGACAGCAAUAACCCAAAAAAAACACUGACCAGGGUGAAUGGAUUUUGUUCUUUCUAUUUUUGUAUUUUUUGUUUUCAUUUUUACUGUUGGAUGGUGCCACAGGGUAUACUUCAUCCAUGUUCUCUUUUCAGGUGGUACAAUAAAAGAAAGAGAACAAAAUUUGGAAGAUGUUACUGUGUUACUUG